AUGGCGCCGCCCGAGUCGAACGUCGCGUUCCUGCCGCUGGGCGCCAUCAUCCAAGAGUUCGCGGUGAACGGCAAGAACAUAGUGCAGAACUUCGACACGCCCGAGCAGUACAAGCAGCACAACUCGCCCUUCUUCGGCGAGACGAUCGGCCGCGUGGCCAACCGCAUCUCAGGCGCCAAGAUUAACAGCCUCAAUGGCAAGUCGUACGCCUUGGCUGCCAACAACGGGCCCAAUUCGCUGCACGGCGGCGAUGGUGGCUGGGGCAAGCGCCAGUUCGACGGCCCGACGCCGUUGAACAAGAACGGCAAGGAGGCCGUCUUGUUCAAGUACCUGAGCCCGGACGGGGAAGGCGGUUACCCGGGCGCCGUUGAGCUUAAAGUGUGGUACACAGCCUACGAGGAGGACGUCGGCGGCGCGAAGCACACGGUAUUGGAGACCGAGUACGAGGCGGAGCUUGUUGGCAGCGACGACGUGCAGGAGACGCUGGUUGGGCUGACGAACCACACCUACUUCAACUUGGCUGGUGCGCCUACUGCGUCCACUAUUGCGGGCACCGAGGUGACGCUAUCGACUGACCAGCACCUGCCUGUCGACGACACCGCAAUUCCCACGGGCUCCAUCGAGCCCUACCCCGGCGUGACGGCCAACAAGACGUUCACGCUGGGCGAGAAGGAGCCGGCCAUCGACCACUGCUUCAUCGUGAACAAGGACGCAGCCAACAUCCCCAUCGACACGCGCAGCCUGCCGCUGCAGAAGCUGGCGGCAUUCUACCAGCCCAGCUCCAAGAUCCACCUGGAGGUGCACAGCACGGAGCCGGCGUUCCAGUUCUACACGGGUGGCUUCAUCAACGUGCCGGCCGUUGACGGGCUGCCGGCGCGUGGGGUCCGGUCAGGCUUCUGCGUGGAGCCAAGCCGGUACGUCAACGCGGCCAACGUCGAGCAGUGGAAGGGGCAGGUGCUGCUCAAGCGAGGCGCGAAGUACGGCAGCAAGAUUGUCUACCGCGCGUGGGAGGCGUGA